AUGCGCCGAACACAAACUGUUGAGACCCUGGGUUUUCCCGUUCUGACGGGCGGCGCGGAGCUGGGUGCGAGGCUCUGGCGGUACCGAGCGCUGCCGCCGUGCCCGUCACGUUCCGGGCCCCGGAGCGGAUCGCUCCCGCUCGGCCCGGGGACCGAGGGGCACCAAGGCUGGAACAGGCGGGGACCGAGCGGGGAUCGAGGGGGGGAACGAGACGGGACCGAAGGAGGGAGCGAGGCCCGGCCGGCUCCGCCGCCCCCGGGCCGGCCCCGCCCCGCCUGUCGGGUGCCGCGGUUGCCCGGGCGAGAACUGAACUCGCAGAGCUUUGCUCGGGCCCUGCGAGCCGAUGCUGAAUUAGGUUUGAAGCUGCUUCCUUCUCAGUUCCCGAAGGAGGAGUUUCUCAAUGUGAAGAAGGUGGCCAGCACUGGGGCGAGUUUUCUGCCCAGAAUUGGCCCAUUUCAACACUUGUUGCCAGUUCCCCCGAUAGAGAGCUUGCUCCAAGUUUCCCCACCAGAGAUGGUAUUUCAGAAAUUCGUCGCUCAUGAGGUCUCGGAAAUGGUACUGUCUCUCACAAACAAGGACAAGUCUCCUCGGCUGGUGAAGGUCUACAUGGAGAGAUCACCUUAUUUUGAGCUCGUGUGCCCCAGUGAUGUACGCCACAUCAUCCUACCAGGCACUUCUUCCCAUGUGCGCAUUCGCUUCACCCCCGACGAGACCGAGAAUUACUCCCAUGAGCUCGUCUGCCUCACUGCAAGGGACAGGAUAGUUGUGCCUAUUCAGGCAAUUGCUGCCCAAGCUAUCCUCCUGGACUUCCCUGACCAGCUGGACUUCUCACGGUGCCCAGUCAAGUACAGCAGCCAGAAGACUCUGCUGGUUCGCAAUGUUGGUAACGUGGAAGCUCAUUACCAGCUGAGCACCCAGAGUCCUUUCUGCGUGGUUCCAGACAGGGGAACUCUGGCCGCUGGUGACACCAUGCAGGUGACAGUGGGAUUUCACCCGCUGACGGUCGGUGACCAUUCCGGGUCCCUGGUAGUGUGCUGCAACACAGGUGAGUGUAUCCGCACAAACCUUCACGGAGAAGCUGUAGAUGUCAACGUUCGGUUGAGCACCAAUUCCGUGAAGGUUGAGAACACUUUCAUCACCACAUCAAACUACACAACCGUGUUCAUCAAAAACAGGAGUAACAUCACAGCCCACUUCCAGUGGAAGACUUUUCCUACUGAGGAAGAUGAGAAUAAACUGAAGAGAAGGCAGUGCUAUUUUCUGCAGCCACUGAAAGAGGUGUCGCUGGAAAAAUUCAUUGAGGAGGAAAAUAUAGAGCAGGAGAAGGGCUAUUGUGAAGAUAACACUGCCCUUGUGAGCCACACAGUCCAGGAGGAGAUGGCAAAGGUGAAAGAAGACCCCAUGCUGUUUUCCGAUGACAUUUUUUCCAUUGAGCCCGUGGAGGGAGAAAUUGGGCCGAACUGUUGCACCAAAAUCAAGGUGACCUUUAAACCUGUAGAAGCACUGGAGUAUCGAAGUGUGGCUUACUGCAACAUCUCAGGCCGAGAGAGCAGGCUGCCCCUGCGCCUCAUCGGGGAAGGCCAAGGACCCUUCGUUGAACUCAGCUCUCAUACACUGAACCUUGGGAACAUUUUUGUCAACACCCCCUACGUCUAUGAGGUGAAACUGAUUAACCAAGCACCUAUUGAUGCUCCCUUCACCUAUAUCUGUACAACUGCAAACGUGGGCUACUGCUUCAAGUUUGCACCUGAGGAGGGCAUCAUUGCACCAGGUGGGAUCCAGACCAUCCAGAUCUCCUUCAAUGCCACCGUACUGGGGAGGUUUGAGGAAGAAUUCCAGUUCAGUGUGGCUGGAUCUCCUACGCCUGCAAUCCUGACAAUCAAGGGACAUGUCUGUGAACUGACUGUAUACUUCAACGUCGAUGAGCUCAACUUCGGUGACGUUUCCUUUGGCUUUCCCUACACCAUGACCUGUCGCCUCACUAAUGCCUUCCCAGUGUCCCAGAGGUUUAAGCUCCGCAUGUCUGACGAUGGCACUCAGCCUGCUGUGACCCUGUGUUCCAACACCGUGAUGGAUUUCUGCCGGAGAAUGCUGGUGGACCUGGAGGGUAUUGGCAAUGGAGUGGCAUCAGUGACCAUCAUGGCCAGAUGUCUCGUUCCUGAGCUGCGAGUGUACCCUCACGUCCUGCUGUACGACGAGUGCCGCCUCAAGGUGCCCUACGAGAGGAAGUUCCUCGUUGUGAAUAACACCGACCUUCCUGGCUGCUACGGGCUUAUUCCCCAGAAACGCAAGGAGGACACUCCUGUGUUCUACUCCAGCCCCAAACCCUGUGGGAUUGUCCAGCCUCACAGCAUUGCAGAGAUUCCAGUUACAAUCGAAGUCCAAACAUUGGGCAAGCAUCGCACCAGUGUUCUUAUCAGCGUGUUUGGGGAUGAGAGAAACCCACGGAGACAAGAAUUACAGAGCACUGGACAGCUGGCAGACAUCUACCCGAGUCCAAGGCUGAUAGAAUUUGGCAUGAUCCCAGCACUACAGCCUAAUUCACAAACUUUUACCCUCUUCAACAAACGUCUUGUCCCUACAGACUUCAGGGCAGAGAUAGCCUGCAAAGCCCACUGCUAUGUCAUUGAACCCAGAGAAGGAGUGAUCCCCGCUACGGGUGAGGUUCCUGUGACCAUCACAGCAACCUUGGAUGACACUGGGAUUUUUGCUGACACUAUUCAGCUUUUCACUGGGAACAGCCUUUGGACCACCUUCAUGGUGCUGGCUGUGGGCACCGGCACCACAAUUGUCAUGGACAAACCAUUCGUCCCAGAGCUCAGCUUGGGACACCAGUUCAGGCUCGUUCCCUGUAUUUGUCAGUUCAAAGUAACAAACAGGGGCCACCAUUUCCAUCGGCUCUUCUGGAGUGUGGAAUGUCACAGCCCCCCUAAGAAGAAGGGCCAGAGCAUCCCAGCCCUCAGCAGCCCCCUGGCCGAAGAUGAUUGCCAGAGCCCCAAAGGCACCAGCCCCGUGUUUGGGCUGGAGCCACUGUCGAUGGAGCUGCAGCCGGGCGAGUCUGUGGACAUGGUGCUGCGAGGCUUCUCCCCCAUCGAGCAGCUACAAAAACCCAGGGCUGAUCCCAAAGUAGGGGCGGAUGGAAAUGUUGCUCUUUUGAGGACAGAGAAGAUAAUAGAAACAACCAUUACCUGCAAGUUUAUUGAUCCCUCCAUCGAAAUAUCAGCCAGACAAUUCUCUUUCUGGGUGGAGAAGAAACCCAGUGAUGAUGUCCUGACUCUGCAGUACAAGCCUUUGGCUUUAAAGAACACCUGCUUGCUGCCACUCGACCUUAUGCUGGACUUGGAGCAGCCGUUUCUGCUCUGCGAUGCGGACCAGCAGCCCCUCCCGGAUGGCCAGCCUGUGACAGUGGAUGUAGGACAGACCUGUCAUCUCUACAUUGCAUUUGACCCAUCUUAUAAACUGGAUUUUCAUAGCUGGAAGGAAGAGAAGGUUCUGAAGAUAAACAUGGUCAAUGGCCAUCCUUAUGUGGAGUGUAUCACCCUUCAAGGAGAAGUCCACUUCCCCAAUCUCCAAAUCCAGCGCAGCAUCCUGGAGUUUGGCUGCAUCCUGGCUGGCACUGAAGAAGUGCGUUCUCUGGAGAUAACCAACUGCAGCCCACUGCCUGUCCAGUAUCACUGGUCAUUCCAUUCAGACGGCCAGGUGAACAGGCUGAGGUCCCUGUUCAUAGUUACAUUAUUUUCCAGGCAUGAGCAUUACCCACCUAAGUUCAAACCCCAACCACCAAAGGAGAAGAGAACCUGCUUGGAUUACUCGGCACCUCAAAGGAGACGCUUCAAGAUUAGAAAUGGGGAGGACUCAGGCACAGCCCUCAGAGAAUCGUGGGAUCCUGCCCAGUCUUCAGGAGCAGAGCUUACCACCACCAAGUCAUGCUCCUGCUGUCCUCCCUUUUUGCUGCCCUACUGUCCUGUGCCCCGAGAGUGCGCUGGGCAGCAGGGCCAGUGGCUGGACAUGGGGCACCUCCAGCUACAGCUGCAGUUUGCUCCAAGGUGCUCUUCUGCAUCCAUUUCCACACUGAACAUCUCAAUCGUUCCUGUCCUCCAGGUUUUCAGUGUCCUGCCGCAGUCAGGUGUGCUGCAGCCAGGAGAGAGACAGAAGGUUUCCUUCAAGUUCUUUGGCCACUUCAACACCAUCGCCAGUGUCACGGCGCUGUGCCACGUGGAGGGAGGCCCCACCUACGAGGUGGAGCUGACUGGGGAGGCCUCAUGCAUCAGCUACGCCCUGAGCCUCCAGGAGAUCAACUGCGGCUUUCAGAUAUUUAAUGAAAUUUGUCACAGCACAGUCACCCUGGCGAACACUGGCAACACUGAAUUCAACUGGGUGCUAAAUCCUAGCACUGCAGAGCAACAUCUGCCUGGCGUGUUUCUGGUCAUCCCCCCCACUGGUUCCGUUGCACCUGGUGAGAAGCAAGUGCUGAAAUUCUCUUACAUGCCAGGAGUACCAGGAGCCUUCAGCAGGACUUUCCAGCUUAAAGUGGGUGUCCUGGACCCGGAAAAUAUCUGCCUGAAAGGAGAAGCAUUCUUUCCUGUGAUCAGUGUGAACCUGCCCUGGAACAUCAAAGGAAAUGAAAAAUAUGAGAAGCUCAUAAAACCCCUGCAACAAUACAGUCAGAGGAAUAAAUCAGUUGUUCAGAAGACUCAGAGUCUGAAGACUAAGGCCUUGAAGUUUCAGACUCCAAAGACUCAGACCCUGAAGACUCAGAACCUGAAGCCCCACGCACCUGGCUUUGGCACUGUACCAAACACUGAGCUGCAGAUAGAGACGGUGAUGAUGCUGAUAGAGGAGGCUGCUCUGGAGCUGCAGGAAAAGCUCCCAUCCCAUCCCCCAUACAGCAGGUUCCCUGACAAAAAGCUGCGCCAGAGUCUUGUCAAAGUUGAGCUGCCCAAAUAUGUGCUGGACAUGGGCACUGUACGUAAGGGUUACACUAAGAGACGCACCCUGGUGAUCACCAACCCUGGGCAGAUCCCAGUGUCCUUCCAGGUCGAUGUAUCUGCCCUGCAGGACACAGGUUUCAGAGUGAAUCUGGACCAGAUGCAGGGUCUGCCUCACAGACACACCAUAAUGUUUGAGGUGUGCUUUGAAAGCACCCACCGGCAACGGGGUGACGUGGAUGUGCUGCUGCCCAUAGAGGUGGCAAAAGGCCCCACGUAUAACAUCCACCUCCAUGCCACUGUGUUGGAAGGGUGGCUCAACCUCUCCAAGAACACACUGCAGUUCUCUGAUACCCUCGUUGGGCAGUGCCAGAUUGAGACAGUCCAGCUCUACAACUGGUUCCAUGUACCCUGCAAGUGGUUCAUUACUGCCAUCAAGCCUGUCAGGAAGGACAAUCAACGCAAACGCAUUACACCAGCCAUGUGUCAGAAGCAGCAGGUGCUGGAGGAUGAGCCCUGUCCCUUUGAAGUGACGCCCUCCAAAGGAACCCUCAAUCCAGGAAGGUGGCAGAACUUACAAAUCCAGUUUACACCCAAGCAGGAGAGGUCUUACAAGAAUGAGCUGAAGCUUAACGUUUGUGGAAGCAGCAAUCACUUAAAGCUGCACCUCUCAGGACAGGGUCUAGAGCCACGGUUGGAGUUUAGCCCCCCAGCACUCAAGAUGGGAUGGGUGCUGGUGGACAGCGAUGGGGUGGACGCCACAGUGGUGGUGAAGAACCCAUGCAGCUUCCCUGUUGAGUUUUACUCACUGGAUUUUGAUGAGCAGUACUUUGAGGAAGAGAAGAUCCUGUGGAUGGCAGCGGGGUCUGAGUACCAAAAGAACUUUCUAAUGCCUCCAUGCACCGUGGGUGGGAUGCUGCCCCCAGAGGCACUGGAGGACUGUGAAGCACAGAAGAGGCUGAAGGCUAAACAGGCAGAGCUCAAGGCCAUGGCAGAGGCUGAGGCUGAGGCCGAGGCCAUAGACAAGGCAGCACCAGCAUAUCAUGGGGCUGUCACACCCUCUCCUGAGCCCAUGGUGGAAGUGACUGGGAGCCCUAUCUCUCAGGCUGUCAUGCGCCACCUGGGCAUCGACCCAUCUUCAGAGAGUUGUGAAGCACAGCAGGACAGAGGGAUUGUUGUUAUUGUCCAUGGGCCACCCCGGGCAGGUUCUUCCAAGGCCUGUCCCUGUAAUUCCUCGUAUGCAAGUGUCACCAAGCAGUCCUCCUCUCUCUCAGGAAAGACAGAGAUAGUGGCGGCCCUGUGUCACUAUUAUGGCACUGCUCACUUGUCCAUUGACACCAUGGUGAAAGAGGCCAUUGCCAAUGAUCAGAGCCAAGCAGGGCGCCGCGCCCAGGAGCUUUGCACCAAGGCUGCCAUGGAGCUGAGAGGCGAAAACCAAGAUGAUGCUGGUAAAAAGCCUCUGCUUACUGCUCAGACCAAGAAUAAACAAGCCUCUGGGGGAAAAAACAACAUGAAGAAGAAGAGUUCCAAAGGCAAGAACCCUCCAGCAAUAAAGAAGAGGAAGCCAGCCAGCAAACCCAACAAAAAGGACACCAAGCAGCUGAACAUCAUCAGCAGUCAUGGGGAAGAUCUGAACUGCUUGAGCUGUGUGCUGCCCGAGGACCUGUUGGUGGACAUCCUCUGUGAGAGGCUGAAGCAUGAAGACUGCUCCAAGGGAGUGGUCUUUGAUGGCUUGCAGAGCCUCUUCACAAGCAGCCUGGAAUCUUCUCUGCUCUGUGUAUUCAAAGCUGUCAACAAUCGUCAUCAUAUCUACAUGGUGAACCUGCAUCAGGAUUAUGCUUCCUGGAAAGCCAAGGAGGAAGCUGAAAGAGAGAAGGAAGAAUGGCAGAGGAAAAAACCUAUUCAGAGGAGCACAGAAUAUGUCUUGCAAAUGGAUGAGGAUGAGGAUGAUGCCCUUCCUGAGAAGAAAGCUCUAGUGGACAAAAUAAUACCAGAAAGGAAGUGUAUACAGAGAGAGAGGGAGCUGAAGCGGCUGGCUCAAAAGCUUGAGGAGGAGUUACCUGUGAUCCAGAAUGGAAACACAUCCCAGCCUUCAGCUGAAAACAAGCUUCACAAGACCAUAAAGCCUCAGGAGAAGGUGGAGAAGAAGCCUGAACAAAAAUGUGGAGGCCAAAGGAGUCUUCAGUCAUCUCAUCUGGAGACACGAAGCGAAGUUGCAGAAGGGACUGUCAGAGAUGAGCAUGUCGGGGUGUGGUGCUUGGACAUCCAGGUCACAGAUCCAAAGGCCAUGAUUAGGGAGAUCCUGAGGGAUGGGAGGCUGCCAACAAAAGAUAAGAUGCUGAGACAUCUGGGACUGCAUCCCGAAGGGCCUCCCCUGCCCCCUGCUGCUGUCUUCUCCGUAGUCAACUACCCAGAGGAGUGGUUGGGUUCUGCAGAGUGUGUGAAGCCCUUCACCAUUGUUGCACCGGAAGGUGCUGCUAUGGAAGACAAUCGGGCCAAGGCCCCAGAUGCCAAGGGCAGUUCUGCCGAGGGCCAACCAAAGACACAUAAAGCAGCCAGCAGAGACAACUCUCCAAAGGAGAACCAGAUCUCCACACACAGAACAGAAAGUCCCCAGGAUUCCUCUGCAACCAGAUCCAAAAGUGUGCUGAAAAGAGCCUCAACCCCCACAGAAUUCCACAGGCUGAAACAGUACCGAUGGAUAGUGCCUGGCCACGGUGAGGUGGAACUGAAGGUCCACUUCUCCACCAAAAGGCCAGGGAAGUUUGAGCACACGCUGAGGUUUGAGCUCGUGGAGACAAAGCGCCAGUACGAGCUGCCCUGCAGUGGCACGGGCGUGUACCCCAGCAUCAGCCAGAACCCGCGGCUGGUGUUUCCACAGUGGAGGGAGACCAUGGAGGCAGAUGAAAUCAUCUUCAAGGAAUAUGUUGAGAGCACAAAGCAAUUCCACUUUGGACCUCUGCUGUGUGGGAAAUCAAGAGAGUGGUACAAGGCCCGGAACUGUCCCGGCAACUCAGAGAAUAUAACCAUCCUCAACAACUCCCCUGUGGAUGCAGAGGUCCAGUUCUCCUUUGAGAAUGAUGGGAAAGCAGAGACAUUUCUUUUGGACCCUCCCAGCAUGACACUCAAACCAGAGGAGAAGCAGGAGCUGACCAUUUGGGCAUACCCCACUUCCCCUGGCUUCCUGGAAGACAAACUCAUCUGCUGCAUUGAGAAGAACCCAGACCCAGUGGUUUUCAGCCUGUGCUGCCAUGGGGUGCACGUGAUGCUGGAGGUCAGCCCCCUGGAGCUGUCUUUUGACAAGCUGCUUCUGCACAGGACUGACAGCAGGACCUUGGUCCUGAAAAACAACACCCUACUGCCCAUGGCCUGGAAGCUCACUGGGCUGGAUGACCUUGUUGAGGCCUUCUCCUUGUCACAAGAUAACGGCAUCAUUGAUCCCCGCUCAGAGUUUGAUGUGACCCUGAAUUUCAAGGCCGAGCAGAUUGGCAGCAUUGAGAAGACCCUGCGACUAGAGGUUUCAGAUACAGGAAACGUCCUGGGGAUUGUUCAGGCUGAAGACAUUGAGAUCUCUGCAGAAGUCUGUGAUGUUUCUCUGAGCAUCGACAUGCCUGAAGGUCCAGAUGGAAGCUUGGAAUUUGGAACCAUUAAUGUCCUGGAAAAUGUGAAGAAAGUCCUGAGUCUAAAGAACAAAGGGAUGUACAACAUUGAGUACUGUUUUGUGCUGAAGAAUGCAGGUCCCAGGAUGCAAGAUUUGGCAUCCCACUUCACUAUUGAGCCUCAGUCGGGCAUGCUGAUUGCCUCCCAGCCUGGUGUGAAUGUUGAGAUGGUCUUCCACCCCACAAGGGAAAUGCUCCUCAAGAACAAACCCAUCCUGUACUGCCAGGUGACAGAUGCCAGCUCAGGGGAAGGAAGCCAGACUGUUGCCACCAUCCCAGUGAGGGUGUCGGCAAAAGCUGUGUACAGCAAGUACAGUAUUGAGCCUGCCUCACCCAUCAACUUUGGGGCCAUGCUCAAGGGCACCAAGAAGACCCAGACUGUUGUGCUGGAGAACAGAGGCAUGCUCAACUUCAAAUUCCACAUCCUCCAAGCACCCGAGGAUGCAUCUGCAUUGGCAAGCAAAAGCUCAAAGCAAGAGGAAUCCUCUCCAUCAGGAACAAAGCUGAAAUCAAGCUCCUUGACACAGGGUUACCUCAGUCUUGGCAUGUUCACGGUGUCCCCCUGCUCCGGCUCUGUCGCUCCAUGGGGCCAGCAGAAGAUCACAGUGGAAUGCCUCGCAGGGCAGGAGGGGACAUGUGAGGGGCAGCUCUACAUUGACAUCACAGGCAGAGACCCCAAGGACAAUCCCCUGGGCAUUCCUUUUACCCUGAUUGCCGAGUCCUGCCUCCCAGCACUUGUUGAGGAUGUCACGUUAACCUUCGAGGAGUACCCGAUCUGCAGCAGCACCAACCUCAGCUGCAAGCUGCGGUCAGUCAAAGGCACGGGUCUGUUUGUCAGAGAAGAGAACAAAUUCGUCUUCACCAAGGUUCUGGUUGGGCAAGAGGCUGAAGCUCAUUUCAGCAUCUACAAUACAAGUGGUCUGCCAUGGGACGUGGUCCUCUCCAUCAAACCCCUGCCUGGAAAGGAAAAAAGCCCUAUCAAUAACAUUUUCAAGUUGUAUCCUGACACGAUGUCCAUUCCUGGCUCAUCCAAUGCCAUUGCUACGGUGACCUUCACCCCACUGGAGGAGCAGAACUACAGCUGUAUUUUCAAGGCUUCCCUUGUCAUCCCAAAAAGCUCUGUGCAAAUUAAGCCCCAAACCCUGACCUUCACCAUCAGUGGGAAGGGGCAUGAGCCACAGGUGACAGUCGUGUGCCCAAGUGCUCGCAGCAAGAGGGGAAAUGCUGUGCUGCGCUUCAAGAGACUCCGGGUGGGGGAUACAGAGAUGCUCCCCCUGGUCAUCCAUAACAAUGGCAUCGUACCUGUCAAGUUUAUGUUACACCUGGAGGAUGAGCACGGAGCGUUCUUCUUGAAAGGCAGGGGCUCCACACUUGAGAGAUUCUACACUGAAGAUGUGGAAGAGGACUGCGUUGGAAAUGAGAGCAAGCCCCCAGAGAAGCCUUUCUUCCUUCUGCAUCAUGGGCAAUCGACAAAUAUUGAUGUCAUUUUCAAACCCACCUUGACUCAACAUCUGGAAGGGAAGAUUUGUGUGUUACUGGAAGACAUCUACUCUAAGAAGACCCUAAUAGAGCUGGUGGGUGAAGGCCACAAGGAUGAAUUCACCCUUGAUGGACUAGAGGAAGACACAGAUGAGAGGAGAGCUAAGCGCAGUCUGAAGAAAGACAUUAUUGAUGCUGUCAGAUUGAAUCACAUCCAGUUUGGGGACUGUCCUGUCGGGAGGCCCUACAGCAGGACCUUCACCAUCACCAACCAUACCAGUAUGAAGGUCAUGCGCUUUGAGUGGGAGGCAGACGCCGCAUUCCAGUUCUCCCCCAAGAUGGGACACCUCCACCCUGGAUGUGCCAAGGACAUCACAGUCACCUUGAAAUCAGAUGUCCCAGCCACCUUCAGGAGGCACCCUGUGAAAUGUAAGGUGAUCAAGACCAACUCUGAGCUACCACAAAGGAAGGUUGAGGACUGGGAGGACCGAAUGUGCAUUGUCACAAGGGAGGAUACCACCAGGAAAGACAUGGCAGCCAACCGGCCUGUGAAAAAGAAGAUGGUCCAGACAGCCCCAGAACCAGAACCGGCACCGGCUUACACUGUGGAUGAGAGCAUCCAGGAGGCCAAGGUGUACCUCAGUGCUGUUGUUGGCUACACCGAGUUCAAACAGAACCUGAUAGUGGUUCAGCUCAAGGACACCUUGCCCAACCAGACAAGGAAAGACAUUUUCAGGAUACACAACACAGGAAAUAUAACCCUGGAAUACAGCUGGAUGGAAGCUGCAGAUAGUAAAGCAGUGAAGAAGCCAUACUCAACCACUCGGACGGGAGCUGAGCCAGCCACUGGGAAGAGCCACACGCUGGGUCAGGACCUGGAAGGGGGUCAUCUCUUUGACAAGUCUGAGACUGGGAAAAACAAUGGUGUAAUGAAUGACAAAAAAGACCUGCCACUGUUCUCCAUCCACCCCUGCCACGGCAUCAUCCCUCCUGGCCAAAAGCAGAUCUUUCACGUGCUGUUCUCCCCAAAGCAUGUGGGGAAGUUUAGGACCAGCAUACUCUUCAGGACUCAUAAGCUGAAGCCGGCUCUGAAGAAGGUAGAGGUGAUUGUGAAAGGCAGAGCCCAGGAGCAGGAGUGUCUUGAUAAACCAAAACGCUCUGCGUUACGGCAGACAGACAAAGGCCAAGGACCCAAGAAGCAGCAUCCAGCAGGAGCCAGCAACAUCGUGUCUUCUGCUGCUGAUGGUCUCCCACCCUUCACCAGAGACCUCUGCAGCUACCCUUGCAAGCUCCAGUGA